AUGGCGGCAUCAAUCGUGAAGGCUUCCAGAGGUGGUGAGGUGAAUUUAUCUUUGAAUCUGAGAGAAGAAGAAGUGUUUUGGAGGUUGUUGGAUGGUUGGGACAAGGCGAUUCAGUGGAGAAGUGAACGUCAUGUUGCCAUCUCUUUUACUUCAGACGCUUCGUCUUUCCGUUGGGGAGCGGGAAUUCACCUUCCUACUAGGACCAUUUCUGUCGGUGACUACUGGGAAGAAACCGUUCGAGACAAGCGUAUUAAUGUGAAGGAAAUGUGGGCCAUCCUCAAGGGCUUGCAGUCACUUCCUGAAAGCGUCUCUGAUUGCAGGAUUGAUGCACAGGUAGACAGCAUGGUUGUUUUCCACGCUUGGUCUGGCUGUGGCCACGCUCUAGUAACAGGCUACCCUUAUCAAAAACAAGGAAGUGCUUUAGAGAUGGAGUUUUCACAGUUCUUAGAAUCCACCUUGAAGAGGGACAUUUGCUCGGCAAUACCUGGCGAUGUGAUUGACUUCUUGAUCUGGAAGGAUAAUUUUGGCAAGACAGUGGUACAUAUUGAUACCUGCCCCUUCUUUGGUGAGAAGAGUGCUUCUUCUUGUGUUUGCCCUAAGCAUUUAGCAUAUGGCUCUGUUGACUCAAUUAUUGGAUUUGGUGUUUUAUCUGCAGAAAUAGCUAAGCGCAUGAACGUACACGUUCGUUCUUCAGCACAGCUAUUUGUUCUGAGGCAACAUCAUCAGGGAUCUUGUCAAAAGUGCAGUGCUGUGUAUUUUAACAGAUAUAAGCCUGAAAAGUGUCAGUCUUGUGGAUUUCACAUUGGGGGAUCCUAUCAACCCAAAUCCGAAAAAAAAAACAUCAAUGUUCCUCAGUGUGUUGAAUUCUUAAAUCAUGUAACUUGCCGAUUUUUUUCAUCUCGCACUGUCAGGAAUCUACGGUGUGUUUUUAUUGUAGAUGGUGAGCAAACUCAAUGCCACAACGAGCAAUGCAAGCUUGCAAGAGCUGCAUUUGUUAACAGCAAUAGUGCUUGUUCAUUUACCUGCCCUCACAUUGUGCAAGCAGAGGAAGCAGUUCAACCUCUGUCCACUCAUACCUUGACACCUGAGGUAAUUUCCCAGUACAAAGCAGAUCAAAGUACCAAGGACAGAUUGUUUGAGGUUAUGAAUGCGGUUCCAUUUCCACAUUUGCAUCGGUUAUCAGAGUCUGUUUUCUGUGCUUGUGGGUCAUCAACUUCUUCAAAACCAAUUGGAUUUGUCCAUCUUACACUGGCAAAUUGGAAAAUGGACUGUUCGUCAAGUGACUGUAAAGGGUAUGGCAGUGUCAUGAGGCGGGAAAAGAAAAAGAAAAUAUGCAUACACUGUCAUACCCUUUUGUGUUUCUAUGGUGUGCCGAUGUUAAUGCCAGCAACAUCUUCUGCUCAGGCUGAGGCAACGUCUUGGGAUGUCUCCGCCAUUUCCAAUUCUCCAUGCCCUUCCACUUCCCAUCCGAUGGUAACAGCAACUGCAUCUUUUGCAACAGCAACUACAUCUUCUGCAUGCAAUGUAUCAGAAAGCAGUAUCUCAAGAGAUUCUACCAUCAAGCUUAAAAUGCUCAACUCUUUGCAUUACGACAUUCCUGCCAAUAUUUUGGGUAGGAUUGCCUUAAAUGACAGCCACUCAAACGGCCCUGAAAAUAUUAAAAAUGGUUGGCCAAGUUCCUUCUCUCCAGAGGUUGAUUACUGUUGUCUUUGCGGAAGCCAGUUGUCAACCCCUCGACCACAUCCGGGACAGAAAGCAGGACCUGUGUCAUAUAUACUGACCAGUGCUGUGACCUUUUUGCCAGUUGAGGUUUUCAUUAAGUUCUGUCAGGAGGCUGGGUGCAAGGCGAUGCAUCAAGCAUUCCCUUUCUAUUUUGGUUAGUAAUGAGUGUAGUUUUAAUGUUUUAUGACAAGCUCACUUAAUAUACUAUAUGAUCAAUUUUAACCAUGAGUUAAUUUUUUUCAGCAAAUGAGACUAAUACUAGAAUCAUUGUGUAGUUACACAAAAUAUGCAUACUCCACUCAUAGAAGGUUUUCUUUUUUUGUGUCCCCCUCCCUAGAUUAAUUUUCAAUUUAGUUCCAGUUUUCAUUGUUUUGGGUUUCCAAUUUGGAAUUUGCAACAACCUUGCAGUUUUUUCUUCUUGUAAUGAUUUUCAUUUGCUGCUUUUUCAACAUCUUCUUCACAAUAAUUAUGGUUAUUUCUUUAUAGCUUUUCACAUGGUCAUAUUUUCAUAAGUUUUGUAUAUACUACACACCAAGUUGAUGUAAUGUGCUUGCUUCAUUAAUAUUUAUGAUUAUAUUGUUUGCUGUUUUCUAGGACUGUUUAAUAUCAGUGAUAAGCUCCUUGUGUCUCUAGACAUUUUGAUGGAGCUCAGAGAGUUCUUCAAGUGUGGAUUCCCUCUCACAGUUGCCAUUGACAGCAAGCUUGCUGUUCUUUCAUUAAAAGCAAAGCAGGUAUCAGCACAGUGGUUUUGUCCUUGGUUUAAUUGCAUUCAAGUGAUUUUUACGUUAGGUUUGCCUCUUAAAUCAGAAAGUGUGGCAUAACAGCUAAUACAAUUAUUCCAGAAGCUUGUGUUGGAUAUGAGGUGAUAACUAGCCAUUAAGUGUGUAAGUGCCCCUAUAGCACGAGUUUAAAUCCCUUAUUUGAUUUGGUUUAAUCUUUAAAGUCACACUAGGUGACUCGUCACGUGCUCUUAAGUCGUCUCAUGUUUCCAUACGGAACUCAUGUUGCGCUAGACAUCUAUUAUGUAAUUCAAUAUAAUUUAGGAAAAAAGGACCUUUGAUCAGUUUUCGCAAGCACUUGUGCUCCGAAGGGAAGAAAUUACUUCUUAUUAGUUAGUCAUAUCGAAGGAAGGAAAGGUUCCAUUGAUGUCAACUCUCGCCAGAUCCGGCAAUAAUGUAAGUUUGAUUUACCUGGAAUAUUUCUUAAGCUAUUUGCUCGGCUCUAAUUUUGUAAAUCAAUUGGUUUUAGUUUCACGAUACAAUACAACAAUAAAGAAGGCGUUUCAAAAGAAGUUUGGUACAAAAUAGGUUGUGUCUAUCCGUGGAUUUUGUGUGGUCCAGCUA